AUGCAAAGACCGGAGCUACUAGGACGUCUUAAAGAGGUGUCCUCGACCACACAACGACGUAGUGCGUCAAACUCAGCCAGCGGCGGCUCCCUGCUCCCGUCGUGUAGUAUGGAUCUCUCAGCCGGUCACACUCCCAACGCUCAGUUCGGCUCAGGCAAUGGCGGACCACCAUUAGCGCCGACUAUCAUCCCCAUGACCAUGUGUUCUCAGACACGCCAACAAUUAGUAGCGAACCCCGGAGUCCCAUUGGCGUUUAGCGGACUUCAACUCGGUGGAAACGGAAGCAUUAGAAUCGGCGAUUCCCAAUCGCCGUCCCCACCAGACAGCGUACCGCCCCCUGCUAUCGCACUUCAUCGCGCAACAGGGUUGGUGAUCCCCUCUGUUCCGCCGGCCUCCAACUCGACCGGGGAAUGUGUACAUGGGAGUGUGGGUCCAGCAAAUGGCGCAGCGCAAUCCCCACCUGAAAUCGGCGCAUCAGCAACCGUCGCUCCAAGUGGCGCGUCAGGGUUCGUCAUCGCCACUGUUCCCCCGGUGCGCAGCUCGCUGGGAAUCAAUGGUAAUGGGAUUGCUGGUCCUGCAAACUCCGCUCCGCAUUCUGCCUUUGAAAUCAGCGCUCCAGCUACCGUCGCACCUCCUGGCGCGACAGGAUUCAUGCUGCCCACGGUUCAACCGGCGCUCGACCUGGUGGGACUGGGUGUAAAUGGGAGUGCUGGUCCAGCUGCCGCCUCUGUGCAGUCUACACUGUUGAUCGUCGCAGCUGAUUCCGUCGCUCCUAAUAGCGCGCCAUCAUUCGUGAUUCCCACCGUGCGUCCGGUGCUCGACUCGGUUGGGUUGGGUGUAAAUGGGAGUAGUGGUACGUAG